AUGAUCCACUUUAUUCUUCUUCAAAACCGUGCUGGUAAAACUCGUCUCUCCAAAUGGUAUGAAGCCUUCGAGGAUGAUGAAAAGGAAAAGAUAAAAAUCGAAGUACAUCGUUUAAUCACAUCAAGAGACCAAAAAUUUACCAACAUGGUUGAAUUCCGUAAAUACAAAGUUGUUUAUCGUAGAUAUGCCGGAUUAUACUUUAGUAUGGGAGUUGAUGUUAAUGAUAAUGAUCUUGCUUGUCUUGAAUCUGUUCAUCUUUUUGUAGAAGUUUUGGAUCAAUUCUUUGGAAAUGUUUGCGAAUUGGAUUUAGUUUUUAACUUCCACAAGGUAUAUAUGAUCCUUGAUGAAAUGUACAUGGCAGGAGAAAUACAAGAAACUGCCAAGCCAGUUAUUUUGAGCCGUUUACAACUUUUGGAUAAGCUUGAAUAA